AUGAUUCAGGGCGGCGAUAUUAUGAAUGCUGAUCACUGGACAAAAAUUAUCGCGAGGAUCGAAAAUGCUUCUGUUGACAACAAAAGCAAACCGCUGGUCGAUGUUUUAAUCACAAACUGCGGCGAAUUCAAGCCAGAGGAGAAGGCCAAGAAAAAGAGUGAGGAGGAAGUGGAGCAAGAAAACAAGGAAGGCGCGGCAUCAACGAUGAAGGCCUCGGAUAUUCCGGAUUUUCCUGCGGAGAGGAACUUUCUCUAUCGCCACAGCAAGACACCGGAAAGGAAGCCAAAAGAUGAUGAGAAGGAUGGCAAGGAGAAAAAGAAGAAACGCGCCAAUUCUCGCGAGAGGCGAGAUCGCCAUCGCGAUCGCAGCCGUUCCCGCGAUCGUCGUAAUCGAAGCCGUUCGCGAGAUCGUCGUGAUGACCGACGUGAUUCACGACGAAGGAGCUCACGUUCACGCUCACCUUGGCGUUCGCACAGAAGCGGCGGUCGCGGUGACCGGGGCCAGGUCAAAGGCCGUGGUCCAAUCAUGCUGUUCUCCGCGCUGCGCGGAGAGGAACCAUUGCGCUGGAAAAAUGCCACGAGCCGGACCGAGAAAUUCAGCGAUUACAUGAAGCGUGAAGAGGCUAAGAAGGAAAAGACCGAUGAG